UGGCGGUAAUAGCUGUAAACAAAAGGGUGAGAAAGCGAGAACACAAGGUAGUCCUUUACAAAACGGUUAAUUUUAUUUUCCGGAAAAGUUUUUUUCGAAAAUUAAUCGCAGGAGUUUUGUUGCAUGUACAUAUUUACUUGUUGGAUGUUGACUAAAUAAAUUUGUUUCGUUGGAGAUCGAUAUGCUCAAUUUGAAUUGUGUUAUUUGUGCGGAGCUCUUCGUUGCCUCCGAUGACGUGCGCGCAACCAAUUGUGGUCAUAUGUUCCACUCAACUUGCCUCAAACAAUGGAUGGACCGCUCAAAAUCAUGCCCUCAGUGUCGCAGCAGAUGUACGGACCGCAGUGUAUUCCGAAUUUACUUCAAUUUGGCGAAUCUGGAUGUGAGUACAAUAGAUGUGGGCUCCCUGCAAGAGCAAGUGGACAAUACGAAUCUGCAAUUGAAAAUGAAAGAAAAAGAGCUAAAUGUGGCAAAUCAGCAGAUAAAAACGCUUAAAGAUCGGGAACUUAUGGCAAUAAAAACUAUUCAAGGAAUGGAGAAAAGAAUACAGAAAAAUGAUUUCACCAUUCUCAGCUACUCGGAGCAGUUGCAAAUCGUGAAAACUGAAGCAAAGAUGGCCGAUGAGCUACGCAAAGAAGUGGAGAAACUUAAACAGCAAAUAAAAACAAUAGAGUCAGUGCAAUCAAUUAUCGCAGCUACAAAUGUUGAAGCUGAAAAAAUGCUAAAAAUUGAAAAGGAUCCUGUGCGUUUGAGCACUUGGGUGGCAGCUCUUAAACGAGAACUGCGCACUUGUGAAACCAAGAAGAAUGAUCUGCGGAGGGCAAUGAAAGUAAUGCAGGACAACUUGCGACAGGAAAUGGCUGCUAAAAAAUCUUGUCAGGAACAAAUUUCGCUAUUAGAAAGUGAAAACUAUCAAUUGCAAGAAAAAAUUAAAGCACAGGAGAGCAAAAAACCUUUAAGUUUGAUGGCUGAUUAUAGAAGAAGGAGUACAGAUGCAGCGCCAAUUGCAUUACCAGAGAAACGCCAAACCUUAUCGCCGACAAUUAAGGAAAAUCUCAAAAAAAUUGAAGAUUCGAACUCGCCUUAUCUCAAUAUCAAGUCCAGCAGCAUAGGGUUGUUGCCAUUAUUUAAGCGUAAUCAAGACACUCAGCCAGACCGAGCUGGAACUACUACCACGAAAUUGGCCACAUUAAAAAUAUCGCCGAAAAAGACUGAAAAAGCAAUCAUUACAAAUACCCGCAGUUCUGGCAUUCUGCGCAAAACUCAAAGUGAUAUCACAGAAAAGUAUUCCAUUAUGAAAAAGCCCCGACUAGCCAUAAGCGCCUCUGCAAAUGCCAAGCACUUUGGCGUUAACUUCGAAUUAAGUGGCUCACGUGCGGCAUCUCCCACAAAACCAAAGCCAAUUGGAAGUACUUUGGACAGCCGCCUGAAAGCUGGUGGUCUGCGUAAUAUUAAGUUAAACAAAUAAUGUCUGCCGGCCGAUUUGCAUUUGAGCGACCUUAGUUCGUACCCAGCAUAUAAUU